AUGACCGCGUUUGUGGGGCUGUUAGGGAAACCGGUCCCCGAGCUGCUGAACCCAGAGGAGAGGGAGGAUUUGGAAAUAAAAGACGCGCCCCUGACGAUGUACAUCAGCCACUUCGUGGUCAGUCCCUUACUAGCACCUGAGACCCUCCACGAGGAGCAACCGAAGCCCACGGCGAGGAACUCCCUGGCCCAAGGUCACGUUGUAAAAGUGAGACGGAAAUUCGACCCCCUCCGGGUUCCUGGCCGCUCCCCCGACACGGCCUGGGUGUCGCGCUGGACAGCUUACCGCAACCACGGCGUCCUGGCCGCGCUGCCCGCCUCACGCGCUCUGCUUCCCCUGCAGGACAAAGAGAAGAAGAAGAAGGAGAGCAUCUUGGACCUGUCCAAGUACAUCGACAAGACGAUCCGGGUGAAGUUUCAGGGAGGCCGCGAAGCCAGUGGAAUCCUGAAAGGGUUUGACCCACUCCUCAACCUUGUGCUUGAUGGCACCAUCGAAUACAUGAGAGACCCUGAUGACCAAUACAAGCUUACAGAGGACACCCGCCAGCUGGGCCUGGUGGUGUGCAGGGGCACCUCAGUGGUGCUCAUCUGCCCGCAGGAUGGCAUGGAGGCCAUUCCCAACCCCUUCAUCCAGCAGCAGGAGGCCUAGUAGGCGGGGAGGGCACAGACACGGAUGCCGUCAGACUUGGAGCUGUCCCUCCUGCCUUAAAUGCUGCCCACAGAAAUGGAACUUUCCUUUUUGUAUAGGUUAUUUUUUGUUUUCUUAAUAAAAUUGCAAAUCUCUCAUUUC